AUGAUACGAAGGUUCUAUAGCACAUUUGAUCCCAAAUAUAAAUUCAAAUGUGGUCUUGAAAUUCACACACAGUUGAAAACUAAGUACAAAUUAUUCUCCUUAUCACCAACUAGUUUCAAUUCAACUCCCAACUCAAAAGUCAGCUACUUCGAUCUUGGUUUACCUGGAACUCAACCAAAACUAAACCCUGAAGCUUUAUUGUUAGGAUUGAAAUUAAGUGUAGCAUUAGAUUGUAAGAUAAAUGACUUUUGUCAGUUUGAUAGGAAACAUUAUUUUUAUAUAGACCAACCUUCAGGAUAUCAAUUAACUCAACAUUUCCAUGCAUUGAGUAAUGAUGGAUAUUUGACGUUGAACUCAAAGUUCGAUGGUGUUGAUAAAACUAUUAACAUUGAACAAAUUCAAUUGGAGCAAGAUACUGGUAAGUCUAACUAUCUUGAAUACGAUAAAAAGAUCAACUUAGAUUACAAUAGAGCUAAUAUUCCAUUAGUGGAAUUGAUUACCAAACCGGAUUUUGAAGAUUUACAACAAAUUAAGGCUUUCCUUAAGAAAUACCAAACUUUAGUUAAAUAUUUAGAUAUAUGUACCGGAGAUUUAGAAACUGGUGCUAUAAGAGUUGAUGUGAAUGUUUCAGUUAAUGGGGGUAAUAGAGUUGAAAUUAAAAAUUUGGGAAGUACCAGUGAAAUUCAAGACGCUGUGAAUUUUGAAUACAAAAGGCAAGUAGAUGAAUUGAAGAAAGGCAAUGUGAUUGAGCAAGAAACUAGAGGUUGGAAAAAUAAUGAAACUGUCAAGUUGAGAUCCAAAGAGAAUGCUAUUGAUUAUAGAUAUUUCCCUGAUCCUGAAAUUCCAAAAGUCCAUUUCGAUGAACACAUUCAUGAAGAGGUCAAAGCUAUCUUACCUAAGUUACCUGACCAAUUAUUAGAAGAACUUACUGUCAAUUACAAAUUAGAAUUGAAACAUGCAAGAUUUUUGAUCGAUAAUUUGAACUUACUUGACUUUUAUUAUCAAGUUAUUGACCAAAUUCAAGAUGUCAAGAUGGUCAAUAAUUGGAUUUUCCAUGAAUUAUUGGGUGGUUUGAAUAAGUUAGAUGUGGAAGUUUCAGAAUUGUCAAUUUCCCCUGAAACGUUCUCUUCAUUAAUGAAGAAGGUAAUAAAUAACGAAAUCAUUUUGAAUAAUGCAAAGAAAGUCUUAUCAAAACUGAUCGAGGAUCCAAAUUUGUCCAUUGACAAUUAUAUCGAAGAAAAUAAUAUGGGUGUUAAGAAAGUAGGAGAUGAAGAAGUGAAAACUAUUUGUCAAGGGAUCAUCACCAAUAACAUGGAAACCGUUGAAAAAAUCAAAAAUGGUAACAAAAAUUCCAUCAACUUCCUUUUAGGUCUUGCUAUGAAACAGACUCAAGGUCAGAUCAAAUCAUCAGUGUUUCUUAACAAAUUCAAGCAAUUAUUAGAGUUAUAG